UUCCCUCCUUUCCUUUCCUGUCUAUUCUUCAAUUAUCUAUAUUCCAUGUCAUUCCAUUUCUUCACUUCUUUUCUUCCUCUGCAAAAUCCGCCAUUUUUCUCUCCCUCUCAUAUCAUCUCCACCAUUACUCAUGAUCUGAUUCUUCUCUUUCUUUCUUUUUAUUCUCUUCUCUUCAAGAAUGGAGGUUUCUUUCUCUCAACAUCUCCCCGAUUCCACUCCCCGCCUCGAUUCGGACACCCAACAGCAACUCUACUUAGUUCCUUAUAGGUGGUGGAAGGAUGCACAAGAUUCGGUUUUGGGGGAUUCGGAUAGGAAAGGGAUUGUUUAUGCUGCAUCAUCGGCUUCGUUAUAUGGAGGUCCUAUGAAGAUCAUUAACAACAUCUUCAAUCCAGAUCUUAUGUUUAAUCUCAGAAGGGAAGAGGAUAAUGCGCGGAGUAAGGAAAAUGGCGAAGUGGGUGUGUCAGGAAGGGAUUUUGCUUUGGUUUCUGGUGAAAUGUGGGUGCAGGCACUUAGAUGGCAUAGUGAUUCAAAAUUACCUAUAAAGGAAGGUAGAAUCUUUUCAGCUGCAGAAGAUGACAUGGCAGAUGUCUAUCCUUUACAACUGAGACUUUCUGUUUUGCGAGAGACAUAUUCUUUGGGAGUAAAGAUUAGCAAAAAGGAAAAUGGGGCUGAGUUCUAUAAAAGAGCGUGCAAAAUCUUCAGCUUGGAGUCUGAACUGUUACACAUCUGGGACUUUUCUGGGCAGACAGAUUUAUUUCUGCUAAAUGAGAAAUUUAAGCCUCUAAGAGAUUGCCAGCCAUCGUCAGAGGAGAUUCUAUUGGACUUGCAAGUUUAUGGGUUAUCAGACUCAAUCAAGUGUAGGGAUGGGAAAAAAGAUGAGAUGUCAGUACAAAACUCUAGUAUGGCAAAUUCCUCUAUGAAUGGUACAACUGGUAAUGGAAAUUCGAGCUUCUUUCGAACUGCUUCAUUCUGGGGAAGCUCUGGCGAAGCUGGGUCUUUGGGAUUGACAGGGCUACAAAAUCUUGGAAAUACUUGUUUUAUGAACAGUUCACUUCAGUGCUUAGCUCACACACCAAAGCUUGUUGACUAUUUUCUUGGAGAUUAUGGUAGAGAAAUUAAUCAUGAAAAUCCAUUGGGCAUGAAUGGUGAAAUUGCUUUAGCAUUUGGAGAUUUGUUAAGGAAGUUAUGGGCUCCUGGAGCAACUCCAGUGGCACCAAGAGUAUUCAAAUCAAAAUUGGCUCGGUUCGCUCCUCAAUUUAGUGGCUUUAAUCAGCACGAUUCCCAAGAGCUACUGGCAUUUUUGUUGGAUGGACUGCAUGAAGAUCUCAAUCGCGUGAAAUGCAAACCUUAUUUAGAAGUUAAAGAUGGAGAUGGUAGACCAGAUGUAGAAGUUGCUGAUGAAUAUUGGCAGAAUCAUCUGGCUCGCAAUGACUCUAUCAUUGUUGAUGUGUGCCAAGGUCAAUAUAAAUCAACAUUAGUUUGUCCUAUAUGCCGAAAAGUCUCUGUUACUUUUGAUCCAUUCAUGUACUUAUCACUUCCAUUACCUUCAACAACAAUGCGGACAAUGACCUUAACAGUUGUAAAUACCAAAGGAAGUUGUCAGCCAUCACCAUAUACCAUUACUGUACCCAAACAUGGAAAAUUUCAAGAUCUUAUUGACGCUCUAAGCACUGCUUGCUCAUUGGAGGAUGGUGAGAUCUUACUAGUAGCUGAGAUAUACAACAAUCACAUUAUUCGUUAUCUUGAGGAGCCAACUGAUUCAUUAUCUUUAAUUAGAGAUGAUGACAGGCUAGUUGCCUACCGGUUAAUGAAAGAAACUGGCCAAGUUCCAUUGGUUGUCUUCAUGCAUCAGAGAACAGAAGAGCAGUACAUACAUGGGAAAAUGACAUCAAGUUGGAAGGCAUUUGGAAUUCCUCUUGUAGCAAGGCUUUCUGAUUCCAUAUGUGGGUCUGAUAUCCGCAACCUGUAUUUGGAAUUGCUUAAUCCCUUAAAAGUUUGUGCUAAAAAGGCUUCGGACAACCUAGAUGGUCCCGAAGGCACUGCAUCUGAAGAUUCUACACAGAAUACUGUAAAUCCUGAUAUUAGUGGGACUGUGAAUCCCUCUGUUGUAAAAGAAGACAAUUCACCCUUAGAUGACAAAUUACAGUUUUACUUAGCAGAUGAGAAGGGAACAAGUAGGGAAUCUGAGAUACUGAUGAAUGAGCCUGUAAUUUUGUCAAAGAGGUUGAAUGUUCUUGUUUGUUGGCCUGGAAAGUGUUUUGAACAGCAGUAUGAUACUCACCUCCUUUGCUCGUUGCCUGAGGUUUUCAAGUCUGGGCUUUUCGCAAAGAGACCUCAAGAGUCUGUGUCUCUGUAUAAGUGCCUUGAAGCAUUCUUGAAGGAGGAGCCGCUUGGACCAGAAGACAUGUGGUUUUGUCCUGGCUGCAAAGAGCACCGUCAAGCCAGCAAGAAGUUAGACCUUUGGAGGCUGCCUGAGGUCUUGGUUAUUCACUUGAAGCGGUUUCAAUAUAGCCGGUUUUCGAAGAAUAAACUGGAAACAUAUGUUGACUUUCCCGUUGAUGAUCUUGAUUUGUCAACAUAUAUUGGCCAUCAAAAUGGUCAGUUGUGUAAUCGUUAUAUGCUUUAUGCAGUGAGUAAUCACUUUGGAAGCAUGGGAGGUGGUCAUUAUACUGCAUUUGUGCACCAUGGUGGUGACCUCUGGUACGAUUUUGAUGAUAGCCACGUUAAUCCCAUCAGCCUAGAGAAGAUAAAGUCUUCAGCUGCUUAUGUUCUUUUCUACCGAAGAGUUGUGGAAGCGUAACCAUUUGAAUAGAUGAGCCAUCGUGGUCCGUCUGCAUUGAAGUUUUCCUGAAUUUGUUUAUGUCCUAGUUUUGCAUCUAAAUUAGGACGAGUAGCAUUCUUUUGUCUUUGGAGUCAUAUUGAUCUGAAUCGACAGGCAGACUACCUCUCUUCAUGGAUGAAAUUUGAGGAAGGUUAUUGUGUCAUAAAGGAGGCGCCAAGGACUAUUGUCACAUAGAAAAAUAAGAAGAGAUGAGAGAAACAUUGAGGACAUUAUACACCCUGUAACCAUUUUUCAUAGAAAAUUCGUAUUAACUAGAUUAGGGGAGGGUUUUUUUUUUCUUGGGAUUUGUAGUGGGUGCUAGCUAACCCAUUCAAAAGUGUAAUUCUUUAUUUUUGAUAGUUGAUCAAUGAUGUUUAUUACAUGAUAGGAAAGUUUUGAAUUCUCAUUUGUUUGUGUGCCCUUUCAAUAGAGUAAUUCUUUCCUUAUGGGUUUUUUUUUUGGAA